UCGACAAAAUGAAAUUCCUGUAAUGUAAUUGGUUGAGCCAAUGUUUUGUAUAUUUUUUUAUAUCAAUAUAACUCCUUCUCUUUCUGACUUAUUCUUAUCAAUACGUCAUCACAUUUUAUUUUUUAAUUUAUUUCCAAUAAAAAAAAAAAAACAAAAACACCUGAAAACAGUAACAUUUGACGUCGCAAUUUCACCUUGUUAAUGAACUUUCAAUAAAGCUUGUAUCAAAAUUAAACCAUAAGGAUGUCAUCAUCAACAGUACCACUUUUAUUAUUAGAGGAAGAUGUCGAAGGUGGCGGCAAACCUGAACCAUCAUCAUCAAAUCUUGAGCAUGAUUUUGCAUAUCGUAAUAAUGUUCACAAUGCUCACAUUAAAAUUCGAAUGGCAUUUUUACGAAAAGUUUAUGGAAUAAUUUCCAUUCAACUAUUGAUGACUGUUACAAUGUCAGCAGUGUUCAUCAUGUGUGAACCAGUCAAGCUGUUUGUUCAACAAAGUUCAUGGAUGGUAUUAAUGUCAUUCAUUGCGACAAUAGGAAUUUUAAUUGCUCUUCAUAUCAAAAGACGAGAACAUCCAACAAAUUUGAUUCUUCUUGCUGCAUUUACUGUUGUUCAAUCCUACUCAGUUGGAACAGUUGUUACAUUUUUUGAAGUUAGACUGGUACUUGAAGCUAUGGUUAUCACAAUGGCAAUUGUACUUGGAUUGACUGUUUAUACAUUCCAGUCAAAACGUGAUUUUUCAUUCAUGGGAUUCGGACUAUAUGCAGGAUUGUGUUCACUCUUGGUCGGUGGUGUUUUACAACUAUUCAUUCAAAGUACAGCAUUGAAUCUUUUAUUGAGUGUUGGUGGUGCAUUAAUAUUUGCUCUUUUCAUAAUUUACGAUACUCACAUGCUCAUGCACACAGUAUCACCAGAAGAAUACAUUCUUGCUGCAAUAGAUAUUUAUCUUGACAUCAUCAAUUUGUUCUUAAACAUUUUACAAAUACUUGCUGCUGCAAAUCGUCAAUAGAUUCAUCAGCUAUUCCAAUUAUUUUAUUAAUGUAAAUAAUAAUUAUAUAUUUAUAUAUAUAUUUGAGAAAAUAAUUAAAGCAACUAUUUUUUUUUGCACAAAUAAUAUGUAUUAUUUUUUUGUUAUUGUAUCGAGUGAAUUUAUAAAAUCACUGAGUAAUUUAAUAUUUUAGAUGUGAUCUAUAAAAUUUUAUAGUAACAUGAUAUUAAUCGUAUAAAAAUAUAUUUGUAACAAAUUAUAAAAUUAGUUUUAAAUAAAAAUAUUAUCAAACAAUUGCUCUUAUUAUUUUUUACUAUUAAAAUUAUCAACAGUUGUCUAAAUUCAAGACGAGUGUAUCAAAUGAGUUUAUAAAUAAAUAUAAAAUUCUAAAAUGAUUUAUCAGAUAAAUAAAAAAAUUUACUGAUGAAUCUAAUUAGACAAGUAUUUUCAAUUAAUUUUAAAUAAAUUGUUCAAUUGAUUUUUUUUUAAAAAAAGGAAAGGAUUAAUUUUAAAAAUGAAUGACAAAUGAGGAAAAAUAAAAAUUUUCACUAUCAUGUAAUUAAAUUUUUUUCCAUCGAGUAAAGCGUGCACUAGUUUGUGAAAUAAAAUAACAAAAAAUUCCAGAGAGAUAAUAAAACCCCCCAUCAUUUAUCAACAAUUAAUACUAAACGAAAAAAAUUGGAAAAUGUUUUUUUUUUUUCUUUUUUAAUAUUGUUUACUAAUUGUGGAUCCGACUGAUGAAUGGUGGAACAUUUACACAAUUACAAUCUAUAUAUUAAUUGCUGUUGCAAAAUUAUUAAUUAAAAAAAAAAAUAAUAAAAAAGAGGAUUAAAAAUAGUCAAGUAUAAAUUCAAGAAAUAAAAAAUAAUUUCUAUUGAUUUUGUGGCAUUGGCAUUUAUCAAGAAAACUUUAAUUAUUCUGAUUAAAAAAUGAAAUAAAUUAUUACUCAUAUCAAUGAAUAUUUAUGUACAAGGAUUUAAUAAAAUAACAAACAAAAAAACCAUAAAA